AUGGACCGCUUUACCCGCCAGCGUGCUGACCUCACCUCGUGGAAGUCGCGUGAUGCUGCGGCUUGCAUCGCUCUUAGAAGCCUCCUCCCUGAGUCUGAGGAGGCUCACUUCACUCAGGUUCGCACUACUAGUGAGUUCCUGACCGCGAUUAAGGCCCGCUACGCUACUCCCACCACUGUCUCUCUUGGCCGACUCUUCCUACCGUUCCUGUUCCCUGACCUCGCCUCGGUACAGGUGGCGGCGGAGGUAGAGGCGUUGGUGGCAGAGUUGGCGGGGGUGGCGUGCCGACUGGUGGCGGAGGGAGCGCAGGGCCUGGAGAGGCGUCUCGUACAGCGGCCAGUGACUCCCCUACUGCAGCUGGUGGAGGCGACACCCGGGCUCGUCCGCCACCUUCUGGUCUACCGGCCGCGGCGAGUGGAGCAGCGGCGUGCUUGGUGGGGCGUGAGGCCUCUUGUGAGUCAGCAUGUGGGUGUGUGGAUUGAGCCCUCUGGUGAGACGGCGGUUUGUGUUGACGGUGACACUUACACGCCUCUUGCCACCUUUACAGCUGAGCCGGGCUCUGGUCUCUACACACUUCACACUGGCUCUGGUGGGCAGCAGCAGCAGCGACUACUGCCCCCGGCCCCUGUUCCUUCUCCUAGUCUGGUCCCUGCGUCUCACCAGGUUGCUGCGUCCCCCCAGGUAGCUGUGUCUGGUAAGGUUCCCAUGUCUUGUCCAGUUGCUGCGUCAUGCUCCUGCCGGUCACUUGCCCACCCCACCGUUCUGUGGCACCACUGGAUGGGGCACCUGUCUCUCCCUUGUCUGCGCACUAUGUCUCGUCAGUGUCUUGUCUUAGGCCUCCCACAUGUCUUCCCGUCGCUGCCGCCUUCGCUUGCACCACCGUGCGGUCCCUGCGUCGAGGGUCGGCUGCGCGCCACCCCUCACUCCUCCUCCCUUCGUCUGGCCACCGAGCCUUUUGAGACGUUCCACUUGGACGUCUGGGGCCCUGCCUCUCGCCUUGGCCUUGAGCGUGAGCGGUUCUUUCUGGUGGUCGUUGACGACUACUCCCGCUACACCACAAUGUCCCCCCUUGCGAAGAAGUCUGAGGUGACUUCUACGCUAAUCAGGUACGCCGCUCACCAGCUGAACCUCUGGCCACGUGUCUCUCGGCCAGAGAUUUCACCGACGAGUCUUUGGACUGGGUCCCCUGGUGUUGCGUCGCGGUUUCGUGUCUUGGCCAUGGACCGCUUUACCCGCCAGCGUGCUGACCUCACCUCGUGGAAGUCGCGUGAUGCUGCGGCUUGCAUCGCUCUUAGAAGCCUCCUCCCUGAGUCUGAGGAGGCUCACUUCACUCAGGUUCGCACUACUAGUGAGUUCCUGACCGCGAUUAAGGCCCGCUACGCUACUCCCACCACUGUCUCUCUUGGCCGACUCUUCCUACCGUUCCUGUUCCCUGACCUCGCCUCGGUACAGGUGGCGGCGGAGGUAGAGGCGUUGGUGGCAGAGUUGGCGGGGGUGGCGUGCCGACUGGUGGCGGAGGGAGCGCAGGGCCUGGAGAGGCGUCUCGUACAGCGGCCAGUGACUCCCCUACUGCAGCUGGUGGAGGCGACACCCGGGCUCGUCCGCCACCUUCUGGUCUACCGGCCGCGGCGAGUGGAGCAGCGGCGUGUCACUUCUCGCUACACUACUACUCUUCCGUGCCCUGCUGUUCCCUGUGGGUCUCUGACUGGCUUCCACGUCCCCUCGUUCUCGCAGAGCUUGGUGGGCGUGAGGCCUCUUGUGAGUCAGCAUGUGGGUGUGUGGAUUGAGCCCUCUGGUGAGACGGCGGUUUGUGUUGACGGUGACACUUACACGCCUCUUGCCACCUUUACAGCUGAGCCGGGCUCUGGUCUCUACACACUUCACACUGGCUCUGGUGGGCAGCAGCAGCAGCGACUACUGCCCCCGGCCCCUGUUCCUUCUCCUAGUCUGGUCCCUGCGUCUCACCAGGUUGCUGCGUCCCCCCAGGUAGCUGUGUCUGGUAAGGUUCCCAUGUCUUGUCCAGUUGCUGCGUCAUGCUCCUGCCGGUCACUUGCCCACCCCACCGUUCUGUGGCACCACUGGAUGGGGCACCUGUCUCUCCCUUGUCUGCGCACUAUGUCUCGUCAGUGUCUUGUCUUAGGCCUCCCACAUGUCUUCCCGUCGCUGCCGCCUUCGCUUGCACCACCGUGCGGUCCCUGCGUCGAGGGUCGGCUGCGCGCCACCCCUCACUCCUCCUCCCUUCGUCUGGCCACCGAGCCUUUUGAGACGUUCCACUUGGACGUCUGGGGCCCUGCCUCUCGCCUUGGCCUUGAGCGUGAGCGGUUCUUUCUGGUGGUCGUUGACGACUACUCCCGCUACACCACAAUGUCCCCCCUUGCGAAGAAGUCUGAGGUGACUUCUACGCUAAUCAGGUGGUUGCUUACCACUGAGGGCACUCGUAGUCGUCGAGUCAGCUGUCUUCACUCCGACCGUGGGGGUGAGUUUCGCUCCGGCAUUCUCGCUGGAUUCUGUCGUGAGUAG